AUGUCUGUUGUUAUCACUGGUGGAUGUGGUUGUAUUGCUCAACAUUUGGUGAGGGAAUUAAUCAUCAAUAAUGAGAAAAUGGCACUUGGUGUCGAGAAUAUAAUUUUGUUGGAUGUGAGACCGAAUUGGAGACCUUUCUGGCAUGAUUAUAAAGAACUGGAGGGAUCACAAGGGGAUCAUGAUCGGUUGAGACCCUAUCCAACACUAGAACAGGAAAAGAUUGUGAAAUUUUACUCUGUUGAUUUGAGUAAUAAGGAAAAAUUGGAAGAACUUUUUGAGAAUGAAUUGAUUCCUAAUUUCCCAAAUUUGAGUACUAUAUUCCAUGUCUUGUCAACAACAGUGUUGUGGUCUCCAACCUUUGAUAUUUAUGAUAAGAUUAAUGUGAAAUUGACAGAAACCUUGUUGGAUAUUAGUUACAAGUAUGAUUCGAUUAAGAAUUUUAUUUAUACUAGUUCUGGAUCGAUAUUUUGGAGAGAAUUCAAUGAAAAGAACAAACGAUUGGAGCUCAGAGAGGAAGAAUACCAAACUGUUGAAAGAGAUGAGAAGGGUUAUGUGAAAAAUGUUAAACUUCACUUUUCAACUCCACCAUCAAGUAUGGAUUACAGCUAUGUUCGUAGUAAACAAUUGGCGAAUGAGAUGGUUGUUGAGAGAACAUUCAGAGACAAGUCCAAGCAUCUGAAUACUGUUUCUCUGGCCUUGUGUAUGUCAAUUUAUGGUGAAUCUGAAAUUCAAAUCUCUAAUAGUGUGACACAACCUUACAUUUUGAACAAAUCAGGAGGAAAGGGACAUAAUUUAUAUUCUGGAAAUGCAGCCUAUGCUCACGUAAUGGUAUUCAAGGCAAUGCAAGAUCAGGAAAAGGCAAAUAGAAUGAGAGGAUUGACCUACAUGAUUUAUGACAACAACGUUGGUCAAUUACACAAUGAAGCAGUUAGAGGAAUAAUGAAAUGCGUAACUGGAGAUGCAGAAACCUAUAGCGAGGAUAGAUCUGAAGCAGUUUCUUUAAAAAUUCUCUAUGCUAUCUGGUACUAUUUCUGUGUAGUCAAUUUCUUCGUCUAUUUAUUAACCUUACUCGUUCCACAAGCCAAAAAGUGGUACUUUAUGCCAUUCAUUACUGCAUUUAUCAUUGAUAUUACUUAUUUGGAUAGAUAUAUGGUGUGUAAGACAUUGAAUGCAAAGAAUGAUUUUGGAUAUGAAGAAAAAUACACCACCCAAGACAAUUACUCUCAAAUAGCUCUACACUUUAAAAUAUUGGAAAAACAAGGUAAAAUGAAACUCCACAGAUUGCCACCAGUUAACAAAUCUGAUAAGAAAUCAUUAUAA